AUGGCUCGCCUCGCAAAGAAGUACCCCGACUUCACCGAGGAAGAUUUCGUGAUAGAAAACGUAGUAUCCGUGCUCAAACCGGCGCUAGAACUCUCUCGCUUGCUCCGGCGCCAACGCACCUCAUGGUCAGUACAUUUCUCAGCUACCAGACAACAGAUUGUGCCAGGCGGUAAUACCGCCGCGAUACACACCGCUUUACGAGCUAUCUUUGAUGAUGGCGUCAUGAAGGAUAUGGAUCUAGACGAGGAAGAGAUACCGUCAUCGGAUCAAUAUUGUCAUAAAUACGUUGAGAUCAUCGUCGGCCCGGCGCUUUUCAAGAGCGGAAAUAUUGAUGGAGAGAAAUAUGACAUGGAGAAUGUGAUGGAAAAGGCCGAAGUGUCUUGUGCUCCAGCCCCGAACUUGACUUCUGGGUGA